AGGAAAAUGCUCGCGUCGCUCUCUCUUGUACUAUAUACGCUUUGUGGCGCAGCCAGAGGGGACAAAGACUCAUUAUACUAUCACAUUGUACCUUCGGAAGUACCUACAGAUGUACAGGAUCUGGUAAACUUUGAGAACUACACAGACACGUAUGACAUUCCUGCAAAAAACGACUCCUUACUAUUUGAUACAUUCGUUAGUGUACUAACAGAAGUGUCCACAGAACAAUUGAGGAAUGUGAAAAGCAACAUUAUGAGUAACUACGAUCUACAUCGCGCGGAUGUCGCAGACAUUAAAAGAGCGUUUAAUAAUAUCGAAGACAAAUACACAGAUAUCAUUAACACAAAACUGAAAACUAUGUUAGACGGAAAACCAAUAAACAUUACCGACCAUUUUAUGAUAGAUUUUAUGGAUGUUUCGAAUUACAUACUGGAAAGGGUAUUAAGGUAUCACAUAAAAAAUGUCAAGGGGAAAUUUAUGACCCAGACGAAAUGGUACAGGCAAACUUUGAAAGAGAAAAUUCUUCGACAACAGACGAAAAUUUCGUUUAAUUAUAUUGAAAACAAUAUGUGUGAGACUCUGCAGGUGUGCCGAGACAGAUACUACUACAGUGAUUACUUGACAGAUUGGUUGCGGACUUUGAUGAAUGUGUCGCCUCGAGAUCUGAAGCGUUUUUUUGUACCAAUCACAGACGUAUUGGAGAGUCACAAGUAUUUCAUAAAGUCCAAUAUGAAGUUCCGACAAACUAUAAAGUACAUAAUUAAUGCUGAAGCGAUUGUGAAGAGAGAUACUUUGGACUUCUUGGACGAAGUUUUGACAAAUCCUGACACAGUGUUGAAGUUGGCUCCGAAUGGUUUGAAGCCGAGCGUGGCGCUUCUGCGAGAGUUGUUCAGUCUCAUUGACGGCGUGUAUGACGUAAACGAUCAUAAUAUAGAACAGUUAGAAAACAUAACAGAAAUGUUAAGAGAUUGGAUCGAAGGGAAGAGCUUCGAUGUACACAGAGUUCUCAACGCUAUCGUACAGAACAUUAGGGUCAAUCUUCAAGUAUGGCCUUUAGAUAUUCAAAGUAAAAUUUACUACGUGUGGUCUGAAAUCAUACUGCUAUGAAUAAAUGUUUUAGUUAGUUUUUCUAUGAGUUAUAAGAAUUUUAUAGUAAACAUAAAAUUUCGUAGUUGAUUGUUUCCGGUGGUAUGAACACGAAUCUUGAAGAAAUUCGUGAGUGAGGAAAAGAUAUUUAUUUUGUUGUAUUAACAAUUGUAAGUCAUGUGGUAUAAAGUGCAUAAUCGUGUUUAAUAUCAUUUGAUGCAAUGGAAACUAUUGUGAUAAACUUAAUUAUA